UUCGGAACAUUCCGCGACCCUAAACCCUUGUUCAUCUUCCUCGGAAGAUUUUUCGACUUUUAUUUUGGGUUCUGCAGAGGAAUGCUGCAGGAAGACUCGAAGAACAUGGUGAAAAAGGAGGAAGUUGAAGACGACGACGAAGAGAAGAGCAUAGCGUCCGCUUUCGGGAAGCGCGGAAAACAAGUACCGAAAAACAGCGGCGGCAAUGCCGAACCGAAAUCGCAGGCGAAAGUCAAGAAGGAAGAAGCGAAGUUGAAGAAAGAUGAAGAUUUCGACGAACCGACUUCAAACAGUGCCUCCAGCAAGAAGGCGACGAAGAAGAGGAAGAAGAAGAAAGAAGAGGCGGAGGCAGUGAAAACGAAGAAAAGAGGUGACGCCGCCGGUGGUAAUGAUGCUAAGAAAAGGGAAAAGAAAGUGUUCGAUAUUCCAGGGCAAAAGAGGGAUCCACCAGAGGAACGAGAUCCACUGAGGAUAUUCUACGAGAGUCUUUACAAGCAAGUUCCUGAGAGUGAAAUGGCGGCUAUAUGGAUGAUGGAAUCUGGAUUGCUCCCGAAAGAAAUGGCGCAGAAAGUCUUCGAGAGGAAACAGAACCGGGCACAGCUGCAGAAGCUCGGGUCACCUAUGAAAACUGUUGCAACUGUCAAGAAGAAGGGCGAAACUGUUACGAUUGAAAAGAAAACGCCAUCUUCAAACGUCACGACCCAGAAAAAGAAGACGACGCCUGCUACCAAAGCAGCAUCAGCAUCAGCCAAGUCGAAGAAACGCAAGAUCGAGGAUGAUGGAUCUUCUGGCGACGAUGACUUUGUUCUUGCGGCAAGAACUUCAAAGAAACAGAGAGCCUCUUAGAUAUUGUUGUUUCUUUAUCGAACUCAUUUGCUACUGCUACUGCUACUAACAGCUGACUCUUCUUCGGUAUGAAGACCUCUUCUCUACUUACAUUAUAGUUUCUUCUUA